GCUUUAGCUUCCAAGAACACAGUUGAAACGCUGACAGUGAUCCCAAAGGCAAUCUUUCUACCGCCAUCCAGCCACUUUGCAAGGCUUGCCACAGCCGUUGUAUGUAGCCCCUUCUGCAUCUAACGUCUAUGGUUGGCGGUUGCUGAGCAUUCUUCAAGACGACAAUACUACGAACGCAACAAUGACCUCAUCUCACAAUACGCUUACAUCGACCGAUUGCUGGACUCGUCCUUGCCACACCGCUUGAUAGUCGAUUACCAUAAACCUUGCGGCUUGUUGGGACCGAUUUCUGCAUAUACCAACAAUGGCAGCAGCACACGGGAGUCCGAGCCGAACACCGUUCCUGAGAAUGGUUUGGACCCUAGUAAUGAUACGGCUAAAAUCAAGCGAACCCCACGCAAUCUCUAUCGCAUUCCCAACGAAGGCACCCCUCUUCUAUCACCACCGCUGGAAGAUAAUGUGUCAGCACGGCCUGAUAUCAUGCCCAAGCACGACGAGUAUGUGGAAAGCGGAGAUAGAAUAGUCACCAUCGCCAUCUAUGUCAACUUCAUCGCCAACAUAAUACUAUUGGCUGCCAAAAUCGUCGUCAUAUCAAUGACAAGCUCUCUCUCAGUGCUUGCGAGCUUAGUUGAUGCAGCAUUGGACUUCCUCAGCACUGCUAUUGUUUGGGUGACCACCAGUUUGAUUAACCGACAGGACCGCUACCGGUAUCCUAUCAGUCGACGCCGGCUGGAGCCACUGAGUGUUCUCGUUUUCGCAGUCGUUAUGAUGACAUCUUUCGUUCAAGUGGCACUGACAUCUUUGAGUCGGUUGCUAUCGUCAGACCACUCUGUGGUAGAGCUCACGAUACCGUCUAUCGCAGUCAUGGCCAGUACGGUGGUUACCAAGCUGAUUUGCUGGUUCUGGUGCCGGUUGAUCAAGAACUCAAGUGUCCAGGCUCUGGCGCAAGACGCCAUGACAGACGUAGUUUUCAACCUAGCGAGUAUCUUAUUCCCUCUAGGUAAGUUUGACCGACCUAUUAUUCAUGCGACAUCGACCCUAUUGACCAAUAUUCAAGUUGGCUCAUUUACCAAUACUUGGUUCAUUGAUCCCCUCGGCGGUUUGCUCCUCUCCUUAUAUGUUAUCUGGAAUUGGAGUGGCACGGCCAGCGAGCAUAUCGGCCACCUUACUGGCGCCGCUGCAUCCCCGAAAGAUCACAGCAUUUUUCUUUAUAUGACCAUGCGUUUCUCCAAGGCUAUCCUGAAGAUUCAGGACUUGAAAGCAUAUUACGCCGGUGACAAGCUAAAUGUCGAGAUUGAUAUCGUGCUCGAGCCCAAAACGAGAUUGCAGGAUAGCCACGACGUGGGGGAAAGCCUGCAGUACAUGAUUGAGAGUGUUCCGACCGUGGAUCGAGCUUUCGUUCAUCUGGAUUAUGACCCAUGGAACAUCCCCAGCCAUAUGAACCAGCAAGAGGCAUAGAUACCUGUUUAGGGUAACAUGCAAACAACCCGACCGGCGUAUUCUAUC